CUAUUGAAGUGUUCCACCAUCUAAUUAGGCGCUAAACCUAUAGGCGAGGCGUUUUUCCAUUGCCUUGCACCUAGGUGUGCCUAAGCGUAAGGUUUUUUUUAUGCAAACCUAGAGAGACUUUUAUUAAUGAACCAGCACUGUUACAGUAUCCAGCUUGAGCUGGUCAGAAAUAAAUCAGGAGGUCUCUCUCUAACCAAACCAUACGCUCAUUCCACCUCGUAUCAGCUUGCACUAUCAAGUGCGCAGCCAUAUUUGCAGUUCGGGGACAAUGCUUCCAGCUCCCGUUCCCCGUCUCUUUUAGGAUUCGGCGAAUAUUACGGCAAACAAUCCCUAAGUGUAACGUUAAGCGUUCCUUUUUGAACCAUAAAAUCUCUAUAAUUAAUACAAUAAUUAUUAAUGGGAGCGGUUAUUACUUAUUAUACAAAACUAAUACCUUCAAAAUCCAUCUCCAUUCGUCCAUUUUAAUGUAAUUUUGGAGGCUCAAAUUAAUUCUCAAUAAAAGGAGAAAAAAUCUAACGACCUAACGUGAAAAAGCAGAGAAGAGAGAGGAGAAUGCUAAAUAGUCAACAACUACUAUUUCUAAUCUCUUAUUUUUAUUGAUCGGAUUCUAUAGCAUUCCUUUUAACUUGGAAUUUAUUUUCAAGUUACAAGAUCACUCCUUAGCAACAAAAAAAUUCGAAAGAAGAAAACAAGACAAAGAAAGAUUUACACAACAACUAUAGAUUCAUAUUUUCUAUAUUAUCUUUGUUAUAUUGUUAAUUUUUUAUGAAUUUUAUUUUUUAUAAUCUUACAAUUAUUAAUUUAUAAAAUUGAAAAUAAUGUGUUCAUAGGUUUGUUCUCAAAAAAUUUUAUCUUAUUAUUUUAUUUAACUUGAUCAUUUUUUACAUUGGACCAAGUCGGUACUUCAGUUUCUUUAUUUUUUUAUUUUUAUUAGGCAUUUUCCAUUAGCUCGGCUCAGUAAUUUUCAUAGGCAAGUGAGCAAUCUACUUGCUGUUCACUUGAUUUUUGCAAGCCGCCAUCCUUAAUUUUUUGGUAAAUUGAAUAAAUAACUUUUUUAAGAGAAAGAGUCUGCUACUUCUUCAUUUAAUUUUAGAAACCCUCAUUAUUUUCCAUUGGGCGAGAGGUAGACCUAAGCCACCUACUCCAUCAUCAAUCACGGUCUUCAGCUGACUUGCACUGAUGGACCGUAUUAAAAUGAGUCGUGCAUCAUCGGAUAAAUUAUUAAUUUAUUAUUUAUUGAUUUGGAGAGGUUCUACUGUAGUUUUUUUUUCCGAGUAAUGUCAAGACAAUAGUUAGAAAGAACCACUACCCACAAUCCCUUCCUAUCCCACUAACAAAUUACCUUACAAAAUCAAAAGAAGCUAAUUCUAACCGAGACAGCAACAGGGCUUCACGUGCCACUCUAUGAGUAGCCCAGUUGGCAGUCCGCGGAACCGCACUAAAAUCUAUACAAUGACAAAUGGACUCAAGAAACAAAAGACAAUCUCGAAGAAUGACAACUUCUCCAUCCCUAAACCCUUUAUAUUUACCUUAUCUUGUUACGAGUAAUCACAGGUGCUCAAGAUUUGUAACUCAAUCCGAAGACACCCUAGAAUAAGGUUUCUUACAGUGAUAUUAGAGCCAUGGUUGUAGGCAAUAAUACUGAAUACGUAUCGAGCUUCAAACUCUCUCUUAGAGAAAUUGCAAAGGCUUUUGAGCUAAAGCUAGAAAAGCUGGCGAGGAAUGAUAACUUACAGGUUGUCGUGACUACAAUGCUGUCGUCGAAGGAAAAACAACAUUCGUGUGUGGAGGAAGUGCCUAACAAAGGCUCGAUGUUAACGCGAAUAAUAGAGGGUGCGCUGACUCGGGAUGCAAAGAGAGAAAAUGGCGUGGGAGCAAGCGGCCAUGGGGUUGGACAAGAAGCUCCUGCUGUCGAUGCGGCUAAUUCGGCUAUUGCUAUAAUCUAAUAGAAAGUUAACGACCCGCCAGCAUCAAAGAAGCUAGCUUAGGGCACCACCAAUCUGUCGAUGUUGAACGCGAAAGGAGCUCCAGAAGAGAGCCCCAACGAGAUGAAAGAGGCCAAAUCUCCAACCGUGUUGCUUGUCGUGUUGGGGACACAAGGUAGUAGUAUCGCUCUCCCAUCAUUACUCCUAGAAUGGUCGACUUCUCCCAAAGAGUUUGAGUUUUACCAAGUAAAAGAGGAAGUGGAUGACUGUCCAUACUGAGCACAUCAGAUCAAGAUUCGGAUGUCCCUAGAUCCGACUUAUAUACCACCAUGGUGACCGCCAGAUGAGUGACCAUCAUUGACACGAGUUUCAGUCCAGCCACAAUGACAACUAGUGAUGGCAAUGGGUCGGGACGGGGCGGGUACCUCAAUACCCAUGCCCCGCCCCACGCUAGUACGGGGCGGGUCAGGUCGACCCACUCUUACAUGCUAUUUGAGAAAAAUACCCGCACAAUUUUACUUCUUAUGAUAAAACGAAGGGGAAAAGACUUGAUGAAUGAAUAAUAGUGAUAAUAUAAUAAGUAAUUAAGUAUAUUUAGUUGAAAGAUCAAGUCUAACUAGUUGAAUAAAAGCCAAAAUAGGAGAUAUAUGAAUGGAUGGGGUAAAAAGUUGACUUAGAACGGGCUAAUAAUGGGACGGGGCGGGACAGGAUGUGUCAGAAGUUGAUACCCAUGCCUCGCCCCACGCUAAUACGGGUCGGAUAAUACCCGCCCCAUCGCGGGUCAGGUCGGGUAUUACCCGGCGAGGCGGAUUCAAAUUGCCAUCCCUGAUGACAACCACCUAGAUCCGACUUAUAUACCACCAGGAAGUGGAAUUAACCAUUGUGAGAUCGCCUCCUAACCGCUUGGCAGAUGGCUCGUCGCAGCAGGUCGAGUUGCGGGAGAUAUCGCCUGAGGAUGAGAUGAAUAAGAAAGGUGACAAAAACUUCUCUCCCUCUAGCAAAGCAACGACUGACGUCAUGUUGGGGAUAGUGAUGAGGAAUGCCAGAUUGAACCGACAUCCCAGUUGCCUGAAAAUCUCACCACCGGAGAAGGAAUAGAAGAAGAAGGGUGGCGAGGAUGGCGGCCCUCCAGAAACCCUUAGGCGUCACCUUGUACACAUAGAACACAAUAGUUGCAGUAAAUCUUCCCGUUGGGCCAAGUCGGUUGGGCCACACAACCUGAGAAACUGGAGGAGAGCUAUUGUGGCCAAGUGGGCUUCGGGCCGCAGCUGAGAAAAAAGUGGACCGAUAGAGGGCUUCGUUGUGGGCUGAAGAAAAACUAGCAUAACAGGCCGAAGCUAAUAAGGAAGGUGGGUUGAGCCAGGACUUGGGCCCAGGCUGAACAAGAAAAAAGUCGGUUAGGUUCAAGGGAAAGAUGGCAUAAAGUUUGGGAGGUAGCAGGCCGAGCCAAGGAUAGUCUAUGGGUUGAAACUUGGGGAAAUUGAGUUGCGUCUACAAGGAGGGAUUGAACCCAACAUGAGAUGUAUUUUGAAAAAGGUAGACUUGGAGGAGUUAUUGGGUUGUCAAGUGGGCUCCUAAGGGAACCAUGCCAAAACAAAAUCGAAAAGAAGAGGAAUACAAAGGGGUUAACAUUGGUUUGGGCCACACCUCUCUCCUCCAAGGAAUUGAGGUCAAACAAAGGGUAAGCAAAAAAAAAAAAAAAUUUUGCUUUUCGUCCUCACUUCUCGCACGAUAGAGCAUCCCAAUAAAGACUUCAAAGAUGAUGAUAGUAGCAGGCACAAUGAAGAGCAAUUCUCAUAUCUUAUCUUGUGGACUUUUAAAGGGAGGUGAUGGAAUCGUAUGGCUAUGGCUAUGGAGAAGGUGACAUGUGUCACGUCAUUAGAGAAGCAUCGGGGGGCAAGGGAGUUCCCGAGGAAAAUUUUAUUCCUGAGUUUGAGCGGGAUUGGAAACAAGGAAGGCAGAAGGUCGAGAAAAUGGAUGUUGACUACAACCUUGAGAGUAAAGUUUGUCUCAUGGG